AUGCGAAUUGGUGUUUCGAAGUUGUUCAGCGAGAACAGCGCUGCAAAGGAGAUGAACUCAGCUGAAGCACAUGCUGCCGAGAAGAAACUGGAGGAAAUGAAUUCAGUACAAGGACAAGAUGCGAACAAGCUGAAGCAACUCCUUGUGAAAGAUCAAGCCGCGCGAGAGCUUAAACCACUUUCUGAUAGAGUCAAUGUGGAACUGGCCACGCUGAAGAACUUGAAGAAGGAGUUUGUCCGCAUGAUCCUGUCGCGAUGCCAGGCUGGACUCGACGUUGAGGAAGACUGUCUUUCUGGCCCCGCGCAGAAACAACGAAUUCAGUUCCUCGAGAACAACCUGGACAAGCUCACCAAGGUCCACAAACAGAUCCAAGAAAAAACAAUACGUGCGCAAUCAGCAAUUUAUAGAAAAACUAAAACAUUUUUGAAAAAGGAUUCAGAUUGUGAAGAAUAUAUUAAAGGAAAUGCAGCAGUUAUUCGGCCAUUAUUUGAACGUCUUGUGCGUGACAACGCUGACCUUCGCGUUGAACUACCAAAGAUGGAAGCUCGACUACGCGGAAGAGAGGAUCGCAUCAAGCAGCUUGAGACGGCUCUACGGGAAACGAAGGAGCGUUCGCAACUUGAGCGAAGGAAGUAUCAGCAGGAGGUGGAGCGCAUCAAGGAUGCUGUACGACAACGUAACAUGCGUCGACAGAACACGCCACAAAUCGUGAAGCCGAUUCGACCCGGACAAAUGUAUACCCCUUCCCCGGCUGUAACCGCAGGUGUUCCAACGCCUACUGUUCGGCCAGCAAAUGCAACCCAAAUGAAUGGUGAGGAACAUCCCGAUAUUGUCCUAUAG